CUCAGUCAGUCAUUGAGAGCAGACACACAGCUCGAUUUGCAGCCUUCACGCGGAGAUGUCGUGCACUUCGUGGGUCUCGUGUUUGUGGAUUACUUUGCUGCUGAGCUGCUGCGCCAGGGCUGCUGCCGGUGCUGGCGGGAGGCGAACCGCGGAAUCCUCUCGAGCCUCUCUGGGCAGCCUGUUCCGCGCGAGGUGCGCCUCGAGAUGCCUCAGCCUCUACAACACGCGCAUCGUCUCGUCCUACAGGGUCGGGCAGGUGAACGGAUCUCUGGGCUGGUGCCAGGACCACAAGCAAUGUGCCAAGUGUUUGGAGCCUUGCAAAGCAUCAUGGGAGCUGAAGGAUGGCUCCUGUCGCGACCUGUGUGAGGGGUCGUUUCCUAGGAAACACGGCGAGUGUGUGACGAGCUGUGAGUUCCUGCGCUCGGUAUUGGUGGAGAAGCAGGGGGAGUGUCCUGCGCCCGAGCGAGCGAGCGGAUUCGCUGCGGCCUGCGUUGAGAGCUGUGAGGAGGACGGGGAAUGCUCCGCCCACAAGAAGUGCUGCUCCAAUGGCUGCGGACACACCUGCCAGCAGCCCAAGAACCUGUUUAGAGGUGCUCCGCUGAAGCCUCGUAAGGAGUUGUUGUUUGAGGAGUCUCCCCCUGGUGUUCUGGAGGUGCGUUGGUCGUCGCGCUUCAACGUGUCGGCUGAGCCCGUGGUGUACGUGCUGGAGCGUCGCUAUAACUACGGAAUACAGCCCAGCGAGGACAGCGCCACCCCAUGGCAGGUCGUGGCACAGACGACAGAGGAGAGGGCCAGCUUGCCCGACACCAGGCCCGGCAGGUGGUACCAGUUCCGGGUGUCGGCCAUCAACGUCCACGGUACCAGAGGACCCACCACACCCAGCAGACACUUCUGCUCCACUACAGACCCGGCCCCUCCCCCUGUCCCGCGUGACCUGCGCGUCCUGAACGCGACCUUUGCUCCCGACGGCUCGGUGACGGCCCUGCUGGGUUGGACCCCGCCCCCCGACCCCGACGUCCCCAUACACCACUACAGGGUCUCCUGGAGCUGGACCGCCAACGCAGGGGCUGAGGCAGAGACGCCCCCUAGAGUCAAACGUAGGAAGACCGCAGGCGGGGACUCUGUGAGCGUGGAGCUGGAUGGCCUGAGGGAGGAUCGUAGCUACGUGGUGGAGCUGCAGGCCCUUGCCUACUGGGGCCAGCUGCCGUCCCGCAGCGCAAAGGCCACACUCAACUUCAUCACGCCCAGCAAACCUGACCCACUGCCGGCCACAGACGUCCCCAGUGUUGCCAAGCCGCCGUCUGAUCUGAUGGACGUGGGGACGCCAUUCUACCAGGACGGACAACUACAGGUCCGAGUCUACUGGAAGAGGAGAGAUCUGUCAGUUGGCCGCUUCCGUGUCCAGUGGAACCCUGAAGUCUGCAGCCACAACCAGACCAGGACCACAGAGAAGAUGAACACUGAGGAGAAUUUCGCCACGCUGCCCAACCUUCUGUUCUCCUGCAAGUAUGUGGUGUCAGUGCAGCCCUCCCUGGGUGUCAAGGGUGCCCUCGCCCCCCGUGCCCAGGCCGAGACCACCAGCUUCUACACCCCCUCCUGCGCCACGCUGCGCGCCAAGAGCUCCAAGCACAUCGCCUGCCCCGGAGACAUCCUAGGCCUGUCUCUGCCCAAGUCGUGGGCCCGAGCGGAGAACCUGACGGCCUCCUUCUCGGUUCACCAAGGCAACGUGACGGCCCUGUUCUCCUGGACGGUUGCCGCGGCGACCCCACCCGCGCAGGUCACCGGCUUCCAGGUCACCUGGACGGAGACGAGUGACAGCCGCAAGAACGGCCAAACGCCCAACAGCCUGGUCUCCCAGUCACAGAUACUUCCUCCGGACCACCGGUUGCUGUUGGUGUCCGGUCUGCAGCCUGCAUCUCUGUACCGUCUGGAGGUGCAGGCCCUGACGACCUCGGGGGAGGGCCCCGCCACCCUGCGCACCUUCCAGACCCCCAACACACCCCGCAGGGUGCAGCCCUACCGUCUGCGUCUGAAGAAGCAUCAUGCCAAGGCGAUGGUGGAACGCCACUAA